AUGGCUGAACAGAAGCUUCCCACUGAUCCCAAGUACGAUACGUACGACUUCCCUACCACCUCGCCAGAGUCCAAAGCUGGCCACCCUGGCCACACUACCCCCGAACAGGAUGCCAAGGUCUUCCAGCUGCGUACCGUACUCGAGCAGGAGGGUUACACCGAGAGACUGGAUACUCUGACGAUACUGCGUUUCCUACGUGCUCGCCAGUUCGAUGUUGAGAAAUCCAAGCUGAUGUUUAUUGAAACCGAGAAGUGGCGCAAGGAAUUCGGAACAGACGACCUACCCCGUACCUUCGACUACACCGAGAAGGCCAAGGUCUUCGAGUACUACCCUCAAUUCUACCACAAAACCGACAAUGAUGGCCGACCAGUCUAUAUUGAGAAGCUUGGUAAAAUCAACCUCAAUAAAAUGCUGGAAAUCACUACAGCCGAGCGUAUGCUGCAGAACCUCGUUACUGAGUACGAGAAGCUAUCGGACCCCCGGCUUCCCGCUUGCUCGCGCAAGUCCGGCAAGUUGCAGGAGACAUGCUGCACCAUUAUGGACCUGAAGGGAAUCAAGGUCAUGUCGAUUCCUUCCGCCUACAGCUACUUGAAGCAAGCCUCUGCCAUCUCGCAGAACUACUACCCCGAGCGUCUGGGUAAGCUGUACCUGAUUAACGCCCCAUGGGGCUUCAGCUCAGCCUUCAGCAUCAUCAAGUCCUGGCUCGAUCCCGUGACCCAAGAAAAGAUCCACGUUCUCGGCAGUGACUACGCAAAGACCCUGUUGCAACAGGUCCCCGCUGAGAACCUGCCCGCUAACCUCGGUGGUUCUUGCAAGUGCGAGGGUGGCUGUGAGCUCUCUGACGAUGGCCCAUGGCAAGAUUCGGAGUGGACCCGCACUCCCGCUUGGGCCACAUCCCCAGAGGAGAAGGCUGUCGCCAAGGAGGUUGAUGCCAAGGAGGUUGAUGCCAAGGAGGGAGAGGCUGAGGCCAAGAAGGAAGAGACCAAGAAGGAAGAGACCGAGGCCGAGGCCGCUGUCAUUACCAACGAAGACCCCGGCCCGGAGGUUGUACAGACCAGCGCUUAA